CUUCUUCCAAUCACCUUUCCCCGUGCGCCCACGCUUCACACCGCCCUGCUUCUUUAUUCGUCAUCCCAUGAAUACCCGAAGCCCCUCGCCUCUGGGGAGGCAGGUUUGAGAUCUGAACUUUUCUCCCAUAUUCUCUGCUCGGCUGCCUUGCGAAGAACCCUCUUUGCUGUGAACUUCGGCGUCUCAGCGUUUUGGCUGGCUGUGCGACAACAGGACAAGGUUGGUCUGGUGACACCGAUGGCCUCGCGGAGCCUCGAGCCUGAAGACCUGGACAGGCAUGUUCUAGGAUGCCUGAGCCCAGCAUUUUCGCAGGGCUGAGUGAAUUCACACCAAGCGUGAGGUCUAAUCGGGCCACAGAAGAUUCGCUCCCAAGGGCCGUUUCUUCUACCUUAACAGACUCAUCGAUAACUCAAACGCUUUGAUUUUGGUGCCGUGAUAUGCGUGACUGUGGAGCAAUUCCACACGCUUCCAAACACACUGCAGAGCUUUUGUUAUUAUUGUGGUGGUGGUGGUUUAAGUUGUGCAGCCGUGAGCACGCAGAGCCCCUCUGGUUUUGUGUCUGGUUUGCUGUUCCCGCGAGCGGGCGCCACCUUCGCGGUGCCCUUGAGCCCGGAGUCUGUGCCUCGGAGCCCCCCGCUCAGCAGGGUCGCCAUCUAGUGACAACAAGGAUGUACUACCACGUUCUAACUUCGGCAGGCUAAUGCUCCAGGUGUGGAACGUUCUGGUGCACCCCGCUCGGCAUCUCUCGGCUGCUCCGCGUAUAAAAUGGAGGGAGCGCGGGCGGCGUCGGAGGAAGACCAAGCCGGAGCCAAGUUCCCAAUGGAGCCCUUGGGAAGCCGGGUCCCGGAGCUGGAGCAGCCCCAGGUCCCCACGGAGGAAAGACGCCCUGAGAGUCCCGAGAGCAGCCCGAGUCUGGCUCCCGCAGUGAAGGAGGAGGCGGGCGCGGGCCAGGACUUGUCGGGCGGGAAAAAGCUGCCCUCGCCUCGACCCGCGCCCCUGCAGUUGCUGCCACCCAGCCCGGGCUACAGCGCCUUCCGCCGUCAGGAGUCGGCCAGCCCGGAGCCGCCGUCGCCGGGCCCAGCCGCGGCCGAGCAGCCCCGGGACGGCGAGACGCCGGGGGCCGAGCAGAUGCUCAGGGCCGCGCCCGGUGAGCCGGCUCGGGGCGUCUGGGCCCCCGUAGAACUGCAGGUGGACGUGCGCGUGAAGUCCGUGGGCGCGGCCGGCGGUAGCCGCGCGCCCUCGCCGGCGCCCUCCACGCGCUUCCUCACCGUCCCGGUGCCGGAGUCGCCGGCCUUUUCCCGCCACGCCUCCCCAGCGCACCCGCUCCUGCGGCGGACCCCGUCUCCGGGAGGCACCUGGGGCCGUGGCACGCCUCUGGCCGCAGCCCGGACGGAGCGCGGCCUCGACGCCGAGGGUUGGGCCGGUCCCGCCGCAGGGCGCGCGGAGUCCCCGGGCUCCCCCACGUGCCGCUGCCGCUGCAAGGAGGACGCCGUGCUCCACGCCGAGAUGGACGGCGACAAGAAGCCGUCCCGGGUCAUAAAGCUCAUAGGGCUGCCCAUGUACAUGAGGUCCCUGCGCUGGGCCCUGGCAGUCAUGGCCGUGCUCUUGGCGGUGUCUAUGGUGGCCAUUGUGGCCCUGGCAUCAAAAGCAGGGGCCAGGUGCCAGCCAUGCCCCCAGGGCUGGAUGUGGUCCAUGGAGCACUGCUACUACCUCUCUGCCGAAGCUGAGGCCUGGGAGGCCAGCCAGGCUUUCUGCUCAGCCCACCAUGCUACCCUCCCCCUGCUGAGACACACCCAGGACUUCCUGAGCAGAUACCCAGUCACCAAGUACUCCUGGGUGGGGGCCCGACGAGGCCCCCAGGGCUGGCACUGGAUCGAUGGGACCCCUCUGCCACCCCAGCUACUCCCGGAGGAAGACCGGCAAGAGCCCGAUCUCGACUGCGGGGGCCUGGAGGGAGGCAAGUUCGUGGCUUCGGACUGCGCCUCCCCCAGACCCUGGGUCUGCGCCAAGGGGACCAAGUGACUUGGGUUCUGCCCGCCCUGAGCCUGCUGGGGGAGGCUGCGAGCUGGGGCAGCCUCCUCCCCGGGCCCAGGCCUCCAGGUCUC